UCUUGUCGGUUUCCCUUGAAUUGCUUUACCUUUGUGGUCUGAAUCUGGGUUUUGGGUUCAGGGUUUCUGUUAAAAUUUUCCAGAGGGUAUGUUUUGAAUUGGAAUUCGGCUUUGAAAAUUUCCUCAGUUCUUGGGUUUGGCAAACCAUAAACAUUUCUUCUGUCCCAAGAAAAAACAAAUAGUAGAAGAAUGAAGAAGAGGCUGUGGCCUUCAGUGCUGGUUGCUCUGUUGUCCGUAUGCGGACUCACCCUCGCAAAAGAGUGCACGAACUAUCCGACGCAGCUCUCGUCGCAUAGUUUCCGCUACGAUCUCUUGAAUUCGAACAACGAAACGCUGAAGAAGGAGAUGUUUUCUCAUUAUCAUUUGACUCCGACCGAUGAAACUGCUUGGACAAGUUUGCUCCCAAGAAAGAUGCUGAGAGGAGAAGAUGAUGACGAAUAUGGUUGGACUAUGAUGUAUAAGAACCUUAAGAACCGGGGAAGGUUCGGAGCCAACUUCUCGGGGAAUUUCCUCAAGGAAGUUUCUCUGCACGAUGUUAGGCUGGACCCAAACUCCGUCCACUGGAGCGCGCAACAGACGAAUCUCGAGUAUCUCUUGAUGUUUGACAUUGAUAAAUUAGCUUGGAGCUUUAGAAAGACUGCUCAUCUCAAUACUCCGGGAGACUCCUACACUGGUUGGGAACAACCGAAUAGCGAGCUCCGUGGCCAUUUCAUCGGCCACUAUUUGAGUGCAACAGCUUAUAUGUGGGCAAGCACUCACAAUGACACUCUCAAGGAGAAAAUGACAUCUCUCGUCUCCGCUCUCUCAGAAUGCCAACAGAAAAUGGGCACCGGGUAUCUCUCUGCUUUCCCUACCGAGUUUUUCGACAGGUUCGAGGCUGUACAGCCCGUCUGGGCUCCCUACUACACAAUUCACAAGAUUUUAGCUGGGCUGGUGGAUCAAUACAAGCUUGCCGGUAGCAGUCAAGCUCUGAAAAUGGCUACAUGGAUGGCGGAUUACUUCUAUGACCGAGUUCGUAACGUCAUAAAGAUGUACAGCGUUGAAAGACACUGGACGUCAUUGAAUGAGGAGACUGGUGGAAUGAACGAUGUUCUGUAUCAGUUAUUCAGAAUCACUGGAAACUCCAAAUACUCGUUGCUCGCACACCUCUUUGACAAACCUUGCUUUCUCGGGGUGCUUGCUGUCCAGGCUGAUGAUAUAUCCGGCUUCCACUCGAACACACAUAUUCCUAUCGUAAUUGGAUCGCAACUUCGCUAUGAAAUCACUGGUGAUCCGCUAUAUAAGGAAAUAUCGACGUUUUUUAUGGACAUUGUCAACUCUUCUCACAGCUACGCAACCGGAGGGACAUCAGUCUCCGAGUUCUGGAAGGAUCCGAAGCGACUGGCAGACACCCUGCAAACCGAAAACGAAGAGUCAUGUACGACUUAUAACAUGCUCAAGGUCUCUCGGAAUCUGUUCAGGUGGACAAAAGAGGUGGGCUAUGCAGACUAUUACGAGCGCGCUUUAACAAACGGGGUGCUCGGAAUUCAACGAGGAACAGAGCCGGGGAUCAUGAUCUACAUGCUUCCGUUGGGUCAUGGCGUUUCCAAGGCCGUGUCUGGCCGUGGUUGGGGAAAACCCUUCACAUCUUUUUGGUGUUGCUAUGGCACUGGGAUUGAAUCAUUCUCUAAAUUAGGAGAUUCCAUUUAUUUCGAAGAAGAGAGAGGAUCUCCCAGCCUUUUUGUCAUCCAAUACAUAUCAAGCUCGCUCGAAUGGAGAUCCGUCGGUGUUUCAGUUUCUCAGAAAGUUAAGCCAGUUGUUUCUUGGGACCCGUAUCUUCAUAUCACAUUCACAUUCUCUUCCAAGGAGGAGACAACCAUAAAAUCAACGCUGAAUCUAAGAAUUCCGGUAUGGACGGAUUCUGAUGGCAUCAAAGCAUCUUUAAAUGGGCAGUCUCUAGAAGUGCCAACUCCAGGAAAUUUCCUAUCGAUCACACGAAAAUGGAAAUCUGGCGAUCAAAUAAGCAUGGACUUACCAUUGAGUGUCAGAACCGAAGCUAUAAAAGAUGAUCGGCCCGAGUACUCGUCUCUUCAGGCCGUACUUUACGGGCCUUACUUGCUAGCCGGCCACACAACCAACGAGUGGAGCUACAACAGAACUCGAGGGAAAGCCGGAAAAUGGAUAACCCCGAUUCCGGAUUCCCAAAACAAGUACCUUGUCACCCUUACACAACAAUCUGGUCACUCCAGUUUUGUGUUGAUGAACAUCAACCAAACCAUCUCACUGCAAGAGCCGCCCGAGCCCGGGACACAAGAGGCGGUUCAAGCCACUUUCAGGCUCGUAAACUCUAAUCCCAUCUCGGGUCCAGAUGAGCUGAUCGGGAAGCAAGUCAUGCUUGAGCCAUUUGAUUUCCCGGGCAUGCUUCUGAUGCAAUCAAAUGACUCUAGCACCAUCGUGGUUCGAGACUCUGCUUCUUCAGACAAGGAAGCGUCCCGGUUCCGACUAGUCCCUGGCGUGGAUGGAAAGGAAGGGACUGUGUCAUUGGCACUAGAGGGAAAGAAGGGUUGCUUUCUUUACACGGAUUCAAACCCUAAAUCAGGCAAGAAACUGAAGAUUGAAUGCGAUUCUGAUGUAUCUGAUGAGAAGUUCAAUCGAACAGCCGCCAGUUUUUUGAUGAAGGAAGGGAUCACUCAGUUUCAUCCGAUGAGUUUUGUGAUGGCAGGGGAAGAGAGGAACUUUGUGUUGUCGCCAUUGUUCAAUUUUAGAGAUGAGUAUUACAAUGUGUACUUCAAUGUCCGAACUUGAAGAGAACACACACUAGGGCGGGCUUUUAGUGUUAAGAGCUAAAAACAAAGUAAAGGCUGGCUAUUUUUGGUCUUGCCACUCUACGGUUUUUAUCUUUUUUUUUCUUUUUUCUUUUUUU